AUGGCCGGUGACAGCAGCCGUGGAGUCUUCUUGUGUUGGCGACGCUUCGAGCUCUUGCUGCUAGCGACAGCGGCCGCCGGACUCUGCCGCGGGGUCUCGGGAGGCAAGAACCCCAGCUGCCACGAAGUGAGGACGGCGUUUCAGAUGCGGCAGAUCGGUCCCAUCAAGCUGGUCCCCGAUGUUCCCACAACUGAUUCCAGUUUACAGAUUUGCCAACACAAAUCACCAACAUGCUGCACUAAGAAAAUGGAAGAAAAUUAUCAAGCAGCUGUUAGAAGAGAGAGGAUAGAGAACACUCAGACUCUAAAUUUUGAACUGAAAUAUAUGAUUGUUGGUCACAUUACAGCUUUUCAAGCAGCCUUUGAGUCCCUGCUUCGUUUUGCUGAGAAUCACACCGCUUCUCUCUUUGAGACUGUCUACAGAUCCAUGUCAAAGGAGGCAGCUGAGCCUGUGAAAGAACUUUUUACAGACCUCUCUCUCUACCUCUUGGGUGCUCAAAACAGAGUGGAAAAAGCAUUUUCCCGGUUCUUCGACAGCCUCUUCCCUUUGGUUUAUACCCGCUUGAUAAACCCUGGCAUGACGGACUUGUCAGAAGAAUAUAUGGAAUGCCUGCGACAAACACGACAAGACAUCAAUCCAUUUGGACGCUAUUCCAAAGAAGCUGUUAUGGAGCUAGCAAAGUCUCUGAGGGCAAGCAGAACAUUCAACCAGGCCUUGGGAAUGGGUGUUGAAGUGCUAAAUGCCACUGAGCAUGCUGUUUUAACCAAAGAAUGUAUCCGAGGCCUUGUGAAAAUGCAGUAUUGUCCUCACUGCCAAGGCCUGACUCUCAUCAGGCCCUGUGAAGGAUAUUGUCUAAAUGUGAUGAGAGGUUGUUUUGCUAGCGUAUCUGAGCUGGACAUUCAUUGGAGGGAAUAUAUCUAUACCCUGGAAUACCUCACCAAUGAAAUGGCUGGAACUCAUGAUCUAGAACUGGCAUUGCUGGGUAUUCGGUACUCAAUCAAUGAGGCCAUUUUACAAGCACAACUUAAUGGACCCCAGCUAUCAGUGACUGUAGAUAAAGUGUGUGGACAUCCUGAAGAAAAAGAAGUGAAAUCUUUGCCAGACAGCAUAAUUCAAGCAAAGGAAAUAGAGAGAUCACCUAUAACAAUGGCCCACUCAAUAACUAUUAACAAUAAAAGGAGUUCUCUGCCUCUGAAAUCUUCAAAGAAUGACAAAUCCAGAAGUUUGAAAAAAAUGUCUCGGGAAUUUAUCAGUUAUAUGAAACGAUCCAGAACUUUUUAUGCCUCUUUGACAGAAAGGCUUUGUGAUGGUGAUCUCGUGAUGAAAGACAGCUCAACUUGCUGGAAUGGCCAAGAUGUGGUAGAAAGUUAUACAAGCAGAGUGGUUACAAAUGGAUUGAAAGCCCAAAUGAAUAAUCCAGAGCUGAUAGUCAGAGGGUUGGAUCCACAGAUAGGUCAUUUAAUUGACAAAUUGAAACAUUUUAAUCAGCUGGCAGCCCACACAACAAGUUUACAAUCCGAAAGUUGGAUUGACAGGGAAGGCAGCAGUGGGAAUGGAAUGAGUAAAGAGACAGAAUCAAGUGGAGACUGUGAUGAUGAAGAUGGAUGCCAAGGAUCAGGUGAUAAAAGCUACACAAAAGGAUCAGAAUUCUAUGACAGCAAGUUCUUAAUUUUAACUAUGGAUGCAGUUAAAUAA